UUUUACGUGAAUUUUCGAUAAAUAAAUCCAUUCGAUUGGCAUGACCGAUCGAUUAUUAAUAAAUAUUACAAAGUUUCGAUUUUAAUAUAAAUUUUAAAAGCAACGAAUUUGCCGAGUUUAAACAACACGGUCUCUCAUGCCCCAGCUGGUCGUUUUCCAACCCUUCCGUUUUCUACGUCGUUCUAUUCAACGCUCACUCCGCCCCCUGGACGGAAAACUUAGCGAAGAGACAACAGCGCCGAAACGGCGAUUAAUUAUUAUUUUUCCAUGUCGACAAAUUAAAUCUAACGAAACCGCCGUCCACCAUAUUACUUUUUUACCUUUACCUUAGUUGAGUAAAAGUUUAGCUAGUUUUGGAUUGUUAAGCGGGGGGUGACGACGGCCGACGUAAGAUCCCGGACGAUUGGACCAAUGGCAGUCGAGCGAUUUGCAUAGAAGCGUGACUGCUGGGAGAGGAACUGCUGCAUCGAAGAGGCCGAGUCCAAUCACAUCGCGGCCCGUGACAGAUCAAUUAAUGUUUCUAUGGUAACAGGGUCGGUGUCGUCCUGAAUGUCUUGACAGGUGCGUGACAGUUUAACUUGACAGCAUGUACGCUAAAGGGAAAGGCUCAACGGUGCCGUCGGAUGCUCAAGCCAGAGAAAAGUUAGCGUUGUACGUUUACGAAUACCUGUUACACGUAGGAGCCCAGAAAGCGGCGCAGACCUUCCUAUCGGAGAUCCGAUGGGAGAAGAACAUAACGUUAGGUGAACCUCCAGGAUUUUUACACUCAUGGUGGUGUGUUUUUUGGGACCUGUACUGCGCCGCACCGGAGAGGAGGGACACGUGCGAGCAUUCGAGUGAAGCUAAGGCAUUUCACGACUACGGUUUCGUCAAUUCCGGUUACGCAGUCAACGGCAUUGCCCACAACCCGACAGCGCCGAGCCCGUUGGGCCAGAUCCCACCAAACGAGGGGAUGCCAGGAGGACCCAUUCCACCCGCGGGGUUCUUUCCCAAUUCCCAUAUGAGGCCCUCACCGCCACAGCAGCCAGUCUCGCAACCGUCCCCCCAUUCCCAGCCCCCUCCCCCAAACAGUCAGAUGAUGCAGACUCAGCCGUUCAUGUCGCCCAGGUAUCCCGGAGGGCCCAGGCCAGGAGGCGUUCGGAUGUCGCAACAGGUAGACUUCAACCCCCCGGGUAGCGUGCCAGGGCAGCCCAUGAUGCCGAACAGCAUGGACCCCACCAGGCAAGGCCCACCCGGAAUGAGCCCGAUGAACCCUCGGAUGAAUCCCCCCAGGGGACAGCCACUCGGACCCAUGAAUCCCGCGAGUUAUGGAGGAAUGAGGCCUCCGCCCAACAAUGCCAUGGGACCCGGCGGACCCGGUAUGCCUCCUAUAUUAAUGAUGAAUUACUCUUCGGCAUCUCCCGGUAGUCAUUAUGGGGGUCCUCCGGUUUCUAGUACGGGUCCACCAGGUCCAGGAACGCCAAUAAUGCCAAGCCCACAAGAUUCAACAAGUUCGGGUGGUGAUGGAAUGUAUGCUAUGAUGAAGCCAGUACCUGGGGGUAGUAUGUCUGCGUUUCCGAUGGGCCCAGGACCAGAUGGACCAAUGGGUCCCAUGGGUCCCGACAUGGGACCGGCAGUAAUGAAUGGAAUGUCGUCGGCAGGUGACGGUUUAGACGGAAUGAAAAACUCUCCGGCAAAUGGUCCUGGCACACCUCGGGAAGAUGGUCCUCCAAUCGGAGACUACGGCAUCCCAAGUUAUGGACAGGAUAGUGAUCAGAAUGAAUCAGCUGCCAUCCUGAAGAUUAAAGAAAGCAUGCAGGAGGAAGCCAAAAGGUUUGAGAAGGACACCCCAACAGAACAUCCAGACUACUUCAUGCAAUAAAAGUAUUCAUCCAUCAAAAGAGAGCCCGACAGACUUUGGCAGCAUGUUAUUUGGACAUAGAUCUUUUAACCCACCAGAAUCAUGCUGCAAUCUAGGAACGAUUAUUUUAGCAGGCAUUUUGUUUUUGUCACUGUCGCUGUGUAAUAUCGCUUCUAUGUCCCACGGCAGAACAACGGUAGAGAUCUCCCCUUUCCCAUAGUUUCCUCUUAGCAGAAUGUGACGAAAUGUAGACCACAUUGUUUCUGCCAGAUCAUAUUACUUUAUUCCGCCAACAAUUAGGCAUAAGCAUUGUAUUAUUCAGUAUUGUGAUUAUGAUCUCCAAAUGCUUGCUUCCGUGUUUUGCUAGUUGGCGGAAUACAUUAAGUGUUGCUUCCAUUAUAAGAGUUCUUUCCAAUUACAUCAAUAGAAGAAAUGAAAAUGAUCUUUGUAAUACAAAAAAAAAAUGUUGAUAAGCAUUUCACUUUCAUUAGUUUUGUAGAUUUUCUUAUUUAAACAUGAGAAUUUGAAGAAAACAAAAGAAAAAUUCUACCUUUUACAAUUUGCAAUUUUAACCAUGAAAAUUAAGAGAACAUCUGUUGUGGUGAAGAGUAGUGGAGAGGAUCUAUUCAACCACUUCAGUAUUCUGCUAUAUCAUAUCAUAUAUAUAUACAUAUAUAUAUAUAUAUAUAUCUGGCACAUCGAGGAAACCAAAAAAUAACAUAUAUAUAUAUAUGUAUAUUGCCAAUAUUGGCAAGGCAUGGGGGAAGUUGCAUAUGCAGAAUAUCUCAGAAAAAAAAAAUUGUUAUUUAUAGACAUUUUAAGAAAUGUAAUAUCGUGGAAACAAGUUUUGUUUUUCUAAUUUAUAUACAUCUCUCUUCCCGGGUCUUAUCUUCAAUCCCUCCUUCCAUGUCCCAUCAACUUUUUUGAAGCAUAUAUAUAUGUAUAUUCAAUUCUGCUCUUCCGCAGAGAAUAUCACAUCUUGCCGUUUACUAGACGUAGAGGAAAAAAAAUUUGCACGGGCCAACCGGAUUCAUUGUUGAUUACUUUAGGGCAGGUACCAUCGGUAGAAUUUCUACUAUAUUUAACUAGUUGUAGCAUAUCAGGGACUAAAAGCGGGGAGAGCUUGCAGUGGGCCACCCCGCUAUCUGCCCUUAUUUCAUUUAUUUCUUUCUUUUUAUCUGUUGGUGUCCAGAGCGGUCCUAUUUCAGAGAGCGGCUCUAGACAUUGCAACACACACCCGAUAAACACUGCAAGUUAUUAUGGGAUCAAGUUCCAUUGGUUGGCAUGUCUUUUAUAUACAACAGACAUGAAAAUACAAUUUAAGAAACGAGGAAAAAAAAUCUUUUUUGAACUGUUGUUGCAUCCCCUUCACAUUACUUGGAAGUACAUUUGAGGUACUUCAGUGUUGUUAAUUACUAUUUGUCCAGACAGCGAAGAGCGAUGGUUUUAACCAGUUCAGUCGGCACCAAAUGGUAGCUGCUUGUACAUAAGCCGAGUUGGAUCUACCUUUAGUCAAUGGAGUACUUUUCCCAACUUGCCACACGGUUGUUUUGUAAAGAGCAAACUUAGGGGAUAAUGGAUGCUGUCCAAUUUGUACGAAAAAAUUUCCAAUGAUAGAACAAUGAUGCAUUUUGCAAAAAAAAAAAAAAAGAAAAAAUCCCUUUUUUGCCCUCAACUUGUGUGGUAGUUGUUAUAAUUACAUGCAUUGUAGAAGAUGUAAGCUACAUUUUCAGUAUUUAUUGUGUGAAGAUUUACAUAAAGCUCAUCAAGCGGAACAGUAUGUAAGAAAGGAGGAAUAUUCUCAAGAAAGAGAUGGCAGAAUCCUUAUUUCUUCAAAGGGCAAUUUUCCAGGAGCUAGUGUAUAUGUAUUACAGUAUUUUUCUGAUGGAAGAGGUGUAUCUGCCACAGAUCGAAGUGAAGAGAAAGAACGAACGAACGGGUCUUGCCCGCACCCGCCGCACUCCAGGAUGUACGGAGCCUACCGAUGUACAGUCUAUCAGUCAAUGUACUGGCUGUCAGUAUUUGUUGACCUUUCGACUUCAUAGCCACAUUGCAAUUGAGUGUUCCAUUUGCUUGCUUUACGUGAUUUUAACAUUGGUAUCUUCCCCGGAUUUUCUUCUACCCGUUGAAAUUCCGAUCCUCUUAAAAAACGAAAAAACCAAAAAAAUUGUGUUGAAACCAAUCACCCCUCCAUCGAGACAUACUGGCAGCCUACAACAUUACUGCUUCUUUCUUUGUUCUGUACUGGGUGUCUGUGUGUCUAUCUUUGAUUCAACAGGACUGUCCUAUGUUCUGUGUACUGUACAAGAUGCGCGUAGGUCAACAAGUUUAUUAAAAUCAUCAGAAUAAA